UGGCCGGACCCGGGAAAUGGCAAGAAGGGGGCAAAGGACGGAACGUCGAGAGGGAAAAUGUGGGUCCGGCGGCCUCUUCAUGUUCUCCCCGGAGAAAGCGUCCUCCUCGAGAACGCUCGCUUCUCUCCUUACCGCUUUCGUACGCCGGACAAGCUCUGGUUCCUUCCUCCCCUACCAUUCGACACCGGGCGACCCCUCGCCCGGACGGAGGACAGCGCGGCCAGCGCAGAAUCAGGAGAGAGGAGCAUAGUCCUUAUAAAAAGCCUCCUGCCACCCGAGACACGGCAUCAGUGCUGAGCGAGGCCUCCUCGGAGCCCAAACGGCGCAGCACAGAGAUCUCACACACAUGGCGAUCACAAAGGGCCUGAUAUUGUCCCUCUGCUGGGGCUUGGCCCUGUGUGGAGGACUAGGCGGAGGUGGCGGUGGUGACUACGGUGGCGGAGGUGGUGGAUUCGGUGGUGGCGGAUUCGGUGGAGGCCACGGUGGAGGAGGUGGAUUCGGCGGUGGACAUGGAGGUGGCGGAGGCGGUGGUCACGCCGUCAGCGUCCAAGCCAUCGAAGUUCCUUCAACCGUGGUCAGCGGUGGCGGCGGCGGUGGCGCCAUCGGUGGUGGCGGAGGAGGCGGUGGAGACACCGCCAACGUCAUCGUCAUCAAGAAUGGAGGAGGCGGUGGCGGAGGAGGAGGAGGGGAGGCGGCGGCAGGGUAGUCACCACACUGCGUCGCUUCACCGCCCACGUCGACACCAGCUCGGUGCCCAUCGACUUCCAGCACGUUCAGAUCCCCAACAAGUUCCCUAGCAAGCCGAUCAGGCCUCGCGUCGGUCCCGUAGGCUACAUCGUCGCCAUGGAAGGCCAAGCCCAAGUUCAGGGUGGCGGUGGCGGAGGAGGCGGUGGCGGUUUCGGUGGUGGCUUUGGCGGCGGCGCCGGAGGUGGUUUCGGAGGCGGUGGCGGCGGCGGCGGUCACGAAGUCUACGAGGUCAAGGCCGUAUCCAGCGG